CUGGCCAGGCGGGCGGGGAGGGGCCGGGCCCGGGGCGGGGCGCUGCAGCCCGCGGAGCCUCCCGCCCGCGCGGGCUGGGGUCGCUCCGGCUCGGACUCCCCUCCCCGCCCGACGCGGCCAUGGAGGACGAGCGGAAGGACGGAGCCUACGGAACACCACAGAAGUAUGACCCUACCUUCAAAGGACCCAUUUACCACAGGGGCUGCACAGACAUCAUUUGCUGUGUGUUCCUCCUCCUGGCCAUUGUGGGCUACGUGGCUGUAGGCAUCAUAGCCUGGACCCAUGGGGACCCUCGAAAGGUGAUCUACCCCACUGAUAGCCGAGGCGAGUUCUGCGGGCAGAAGGGCACAAAAAAUGCGAACAAACCCUACCUGUUCUAUUUCAACAUUGUGAAGUGUGCCAGCCCUCUGGUCCUGCUGGAAUUCCAGUGUCCCACCCCCCAGAUCUGCGUGGAGAAAUGCCCCGACCGUUACCUCACCUACCUGAACGCUCACAGAUCACAGGACUUUGAGUACUACAAGCAGUUCUGUGUGCCUGGCUUCCAGACCAACAAGGGUGUGGCUGAAGUGCUUCGGGAUGGCGACUGCCCUGCUGUCCUCACCCCCAGCAAACCCUUGGCCCGGCGAUGCUUCCCAGCCAUCCACGCCCACAAGGGGGUCCUCAUGGUGGGCAACGAGACGACCUAUGAGGAUGGGCACGGCUCUCGAAAGAACAUCACAGAGCUGGUGGAGGGCGCCAAGAAGGCCAAUGGGGUCUUGGAGGCGCGGCAGCUGGCCAUGCGGAUUUUUGAAGAUUACACGGUUUCCUGGUACUGGAUAGUCAUUGGCCUGGUCAUCGCCAUGCUGAUGAGCCUUCUCUUCAUUGUCCUGCUGCGCUUCCUGGCCGGCGUCAUGGUCUGGGUGAUGGUCACCAUGCUGAUUCUGGUGCUGGGCUAUGGCAUAUUUCACUGCUACAUGGAGUACAUGCGGCUGCGGGGCGAGGUGGGCUCCGACAUCUCCCUCGUGGACCUUGGCUUCCAGACAGACCUCCGCGUGUAUCUGCACUUGCGGCAGACGUGGAUGACCUUCAUGAUCAUUCUGAGCAUCCUUGAGGCCAUUAUCAUCCUGCUGCUCAUCUUUCUGCGGAAGAGAAUUCUCAUCGCCAUUGCGCUUAUCAAAGAAGGCAGCAGGGCUGUGGGAUACGUGAUGUGCUCCCUGCUGUACCCACUGGUCACCUUCUUCCUGCUGUGCCUUUGCAUUGCCUACUGGGCUAGCACUGCUGUCUUCCUGUCCACUUCCAACGAAGCUAUCUAUAAGAUCUUUGACGAUGGCACCUGCCAGUUUGUUGGGAAAACCUGCAACCCUGAGACCUUCGCCUCCUCCAAUGAAUCCCGCCUGUGUCCUGGUGCCCACUGCCAGUUCGCCUUCUACGGGGGUGAGUCGGGCUACCAUCGGGCCCUGCUAGGCCUGCAGAUCUUCAACGCCUUCAUGUUCUUCUGGCUGGCCAACUUCGUGCUGGCCCUGGGCCAGGUCACGCUAGCUGGGGCCUUCGCCUCCUACUACUGGGCCCUGCACAAGCCAGAUGACCUGCCUGCUUUCCCACUCUUCUCUGCCUUCGGUCGGGCGCUCAGGUACCACACAGGCUCCCUGGCGUUUGGCGCCUUCAUUCUGGCCAUUGUGCAGAUCAUCCGAGUGAUGCUUGAGUACUUGGAUCAGCGCCUGAAAGCUGCCGAGAACAAGUUUGCCAAGUUCCUCAUGACCUGUCUCAAAUGCUGCUUCUGGUGCCUGGAGAAGUUCAUCAGAUUCCUCAACAGGAAUGCCUACAUCAUGAUUGCCAUCUACGGCACCAACUUCUGCACCUCGGCCAGAAAUGCCUUCUUCCUGCUCAUGAGAAACAUCAUCAGAGUGGCCGUCCUAGACAAAGUUACCGACUUCCUUUUCCUGUUGGGCAAGCUUCUGAUCGUGGGUAGCGUGGGGAUCCUGGCUUUCUUUUUCUUCACCCACCGGAUCAGGAUUGUGCAGGACACGGCACCGCCCCUCAAUUAUUACUGGGUCCCUAUACUGACGGUGAUCGUCGGCUCCUACCUGAUUGCCCAUGGCUUCUUCAGUGUCUACGGCAUGUGUGUGGACACGUUGUUCCUCUGCUUCUUGGAGGACCUGGAGAGGAAUGAUGGCUCAGCCGAGAGGCCUUACUUCAUGUCUCCCAACCUCAAGAGGCUCUUGAACAAGACCAACAAGAAGCUGGCCGAGUCCUAAAGGCCCCCGCUCUCCCCCCACCUCUCCAGAAGUCUCACACUGGGUGCUCGGCAGCUGGGUCAGAACCCCUGGCCCCCUGGGCUCACCUGAAGUCCUGUCACUGCCGCCUCCCCUCCACCCCCCAACCAUCCAGUUACCACUGGAUUCCAGGGACCUGGAGGAUUUGGGGCCUCUCCUCCCUAUACCAGGGGGCAGUUGGAAUUUUCAUGGUGGCGCCCCAAGACUGCACAGGCCACUCCAGCCCUCAUUGGCCCGGAUGGAGAGAAGUCCGGUGAGGCGUCUUGAUGUCUGGCAUGCAGGGGGGCCCGACCUCUGUGGGCCGCCUCGUGCUUCCUGUUCCCCUCUUGCGAUGGGGCGCCGUUUGUGUGAGAGUGAUGGCUAAAGUAAGCUCCGGUUCCUGAGGCCCCCUGUUCACUCGUGUCUGCUCUGGCCGGGACCCAGCCCCUUCUCCACGCCUGAACAGCUGCCUCGCAGGCUGCCACACGCGUUUAUUUUUUUUUAACCUGGACGUGCAUUAAAGGGUCUGUUAGCUUUUUUCUGUCUGUCUCCAUGGCUGAGAUGGGGCCAAGCUGAGGAGUGCCUUCUGUCGUCCCCUCCCUGCCCAGCAUGGCUGGGGCGGGAGUGGCAUGACCAGGUGGGGGUGGCUCCUGGCAUGGGAGGCCACAGCAGGGGUGUCAUGGAAGGAGAGGGAGUGAGUCUGUUGGGGGAGGGCCACUGGGAGCACCGGUGUGGACAGACCAAAGCAGGAGGGAGGAGUCCGCUAAUAGCUGCUUAAUGGAAACCUGCUGGCCCCCUGGAGGAGUUGGGCCCAAUUUCCCCCUUCUUCUGCCAGUUACUGACACAGCUGUCUUUGUAAGAGACAAAGCAGCUGAAUCCACCCAAGCGACAAUGUCAGGGAAGGGGUGGGGGCAGAUGCUGUGGGGAGGACCAGGCCGCCCUGCCCCCUCACCUCACCUUGAGGAUCCUUUUGCCAAAUUUGUUGAACUCCGGGGACCUGGUUUCCCAGUUCCCCCUUCGCCAUACCCCCGCCCCCGACUUCAUGUCUUUGCUCAUCAGCACCACAGCAGCAUCCGAGAGAGGGAGAAACCCAGCCUGGGGUCCCAGUCUCCCAUGCCUGCCCGCCAGCCCUCAGGCCCCCCCGUUUUGUCUGCACACUCUUGCGUGUUAACUGCAUUCCAACCACUAAUAAAGUGCCUAUUGUACAGAG